AUGCUCGAUCUGCAACAAAAUCAGCACAACAAAUUCUUAGCAUCAAAAGAACGAUCCGGUCCACUCAAAACCGGCGUCGACACCGUUAAAGAAGCCGUGAAAACCGUCAUCAACAAAUUCCACCAAGUCCCCGUGAAGCUUCUCAAAUACGUUGAUCGCAAGAAGGUUUCGACUCAAGCUAGAUCUGUUGUGACCGAAGUCCGCCGUGCCGGAGUGGUUGAAUCGGCUUCUGGAUUGGCCAAAACCGUUUACUCGAAAUAUGAGCCAAAGGCGGAGGCGCCGCCGCUGUUCCGUUUGAGAAGAAGAGAGAUGAGAACGCUAUUGAUGAAGACGAGGGAGAUAAUCGGAAGAAUGUCGGCGAGCGGAGGAAGAAGACGGCGAUGA